GAGUCAAUUGACAAUAUUACACUUUUCAUAAUAAAAGAAAUAAGAAAUGAUGGCUAAGUAUUAAAACAUAAAAUAUUUCCUCAAUCUAAUGAGUUUUCUCGAAGAUGACCAUGAUUAGUUAUGGAUUGAAUAAUACUGGAACAAUUGUAACGACUAAAUCCUUGUUGAUGAGUAGCCCUAAAAGGGGAGUAUCUCUACUGUACAUGUACUUAAAGUCACAUGACCAAUAUAGAAACAGAUGCUCAAAAUGCAAGACCUUGAUGUAAAGUGAUGUAAUAUUGCAAUAUACCAUUUCAAGAUUUUGGGGGAAUGUUCAGUUGACUAAAAGAUGGCAGAAAAUGGUGUUGUAUCGAAUACAGAGUCAAUUACAGAGACAAUCAACAAUGAUCUAUUUACUUGCUUAGCUUGUAAAAAAGAUCUUGCAUCACCAUGCACUCUACCUUGUUUGCACACAUUUUGCGAUGCAUGCAUUAUAAAACCCACCAAUAAUGAUGUUGUCAAGGCAACAACUUGCCCAACAUGUGGUGAGAAAACAAAGCUCCAUGAAGAUACUCCAAAAACAUUGAGCAAUUUUGUGAGUGAGCUUCAAGAGUAUCAAAAAUCGAAUGCAAAGUUAGAGAAAUGUUGUAGCUUGUGUACAGAUGAGAAACCAGCUGAUUUUAAAUGUUUUGACUGUAUGGACUUCCUUUGUGGAGAGUGUGCGGAAAUGCAUGGUAAAAUCAAAGUUGCAAAGGACCACAAGGUACUGAACAUUGAUUCAUUGACAAGUAAUGAUGUAGGAGAAUUAUACCGUGCCCAACCUAAGCCUUGUAACAUCCACCAAGGGGAGUUCCUGAAAUUCUUCUGCAGGCCAUGCUCAAAGGUCAUAUGCCGAGAUUGCAAACUAAUUGAACAUGAGGGCCACAAAUGCGUCAAUAUAGCAGACCAAGCAGGACAAGACAAACAAUUGCUGAGUACAGCAAUGGAAAAUAUGAACCCAGUCAUACAAGGGAUAAAAACAAAUAUUUCCGAGUUGACCAAAAAUGAACAAGAACUGAGCGAUAGAUGUAAUAUUGUACGUGAUGAUAUGAAGACACGUCGUGAUAACCUACACAAGAUAAUAGACGAAUGUUAUGAAAAUAUGAAUGCUGAGAUGGUUACAAUGUAUAACACUAACCAGAAGAAAAUCGAUAGUUACAAAGAUGUGUUUGAGACAAUGUCAAAGUCACACUCAGCUACUUUUCAGUUUGUCCAGACAUUCCUUAAAUAUGGCAAAGAUGCUGAUAUCAUAGAUGAAAAAUCGAAUGUCACAGUCCGCCUGAAUGCGCUAAGAGAUGAGAAAACACCUGUUAUUCAAUUGGACAACUUUAAGGAAUGGGGAUUCAUCAAAGGGGACUCAAAUGAAACAGACCUCAAAGUGUUAUUUGGUCAAAUCAAAACACCUCCAAAGCAAGAUGACUCCAGCUCAAACUCUAAAGAGACCCAUAGUGGUUCAAAUAAAAGCGAAGGAUUGACUGAUGCUGAGCGUAAAUCAAGCACAGUAAGCACAGGCCUCGAUGGCACUGAGGGAAGGUUUAUCUCGUAUAUAGGGACAAUUUCCAGCACUGCAAGCAUUAUAAAGGGUCAACUUGUCUCCUGGUUCAACAGUAAAUCAUCUAAUGAUAGUGCCCGAGGGAACAUCAGUGGUAUUAGUAAAGCUCCCCUUGGUCUUUUAGCUGUAAUUGACCACAACAAUCGCAAAGUCAAAUUUUACGACAAUGGGAAACUGAAGUCUGAAUUCAGUGGCUCGGGAAAACAUCGUCUCCAAGGUCCAUGGGACGUUGUUGUGCUUAGCAAUACAAAUAUGGCUAUCAGUGAUCGUACAUCAAAGAGUAUCAAGAUUUUCAGCCCACAAGGGAAAUUUGUGACCUCGAUUGGGAAAUACCUAAAAGAACCAUGUGGAAUCACAGUCAAUUCGAAAGGUCAACUUCUAGUGGCAGAUUACGCCAACAAGUGUGUCUACAUCCACAAUGAAAAUGGCUCCGUCUUGCAUACUGUCCUCAACCUCAACAACAACUGGCCAAUCUAUAUUUGCGUUAACCAAAGUGACGACAUAAUUGUAUCUGACUUCAAAGCGCAUUGCAUCAAAGUUCUUAACUCACAUGGUCGUGUGAAGCACAUUUACGGAACCAUAGGCCCUGAUCAAGGUCUCCUGAAUGGUCCAUUGGGAGUGUGUACAGAUUCUCAUGGUCAUAUCAUCGUGGCAGACUACAACAAUCAUGCCGUGCAUCUACUAACUCCUGAUGCGAGAUUUAAGUGCUACCUUUUGACAAGGGAGGAUGGGAUAGAGAGUCCAAGGGCUGUGGCCAUAGAUGGCAAUGGACAUUUGGUAGUCACUGAGUUAUCUGGUAUGGUCAAAAUAUUCAAAUAUAUUGAGUAACUUUGGUCACUAGACAGUUGUUGUGCCUAAAGAUGAUAAUGGACACUGUUGGUGGCCAAUGAACUAUCUGGUAUGGUCAAAAUAUUCAAUGUUUGAGAAUCCAAACUGACCACCAUGUUA